AUGAGGACUUCCAAUUGCUGCAACAGAGGCAUUCCUAAGCCUCUGAUCCUCGUCUCACGCAACGGUCUUGACACACCGCCUAUUACGUCGUAA